CUACCAUUUUGUGCAACCAAAAGCUAAAUAAAAAGGUAUCAAUUACUUUGUAGUAUCUAUUUCUCAUAUCCCAAUGGCUUCUCCUAUUAACUUCAACUUCCCUUAUUUCUCUCCACCACCACCUCACCAGCCUUUCCAGCCACCUCCUCCUCCAUACCAUCCAACCUCACCACCACCUCCACCACCACACAAUCCAGUUUCUCCACCACCACCACCCCACCAUCCAAUCACUCCACCGCCACCUCAUGUACAUCCUCCACCACCUCCCCAUGUGCGUCCACCACCACCAGCACCACUUCCUCCAGCACCAUCACCGAGUAACCAUACAGUUAUAAUAAUUGUAUUCGUCUCAUGCGGCGGCGUGUUCUUCCUAGCAUUCCUGGCCGCCGCUCUCUUUUGCUUCCUCAAGAAGAAGAAGAAGAAGACGGUUAAAGAAAUGGACAGGGUUCAUGUGGAUGAACAUCUGAAAGUGAAGGAGGCCAUUGUUCCUGGUCCCGAUGGACCUCGCGCUGUAUUACUUGAGAUUGAAGACGAUAUUCAUAUUGAUCAUGAAGAUAUUAUAAAGACCCAGAAAACUGAAAAAGGUUCCAAUCUCCAUUCUACUCUGCAAAAUCUUAAAGACAUUGAAGAGGGAACUAAAGCUUCUUCAAGUUCUCAUCAUCAUCAACUGGAACACAAAGCUUAGUCUUGUUUCUGUUUCACUAUAAUCAUUUUAAUUGAUAUUUAACACAAUUGUUGAUAUCUUUAUUUAUGAAUUCCAAAAUAAAAUGUGAUGUGAUGUGAUGUAA